CAUGCUGCUGCUUCUGGGAGCCGUGUGGAGCCAGGGCAGGCAGGGAGCCUACCUUAAACCCACUGUGCCGCCAACCAGACUCUUAACGGCUUGGUCAGUGGUGCUGACCGGAGCUGCCAGGGUCCCUUUUCGAUGGGGCAAACUGGACCCCUGGCAACCAUAAUUUAACCCCUUGGUGCCUGUGGGCAUCACACCCCCAGUGUGCUGCUGGGACUGGAGAAAAUGGGCUAACAAUCCUUGACAGCAUUAAACUGCAUAACCCUCCCCCCCCCCCCCCCCCCCCGGCAGCUUUGGGCUACAAGGUUUAUUGCAUGGUAUUAUCAGUCAGAAAAGAAGGGACUGGCUCCCGCUGUCUUUGCCUUUUGGUGGCCUGGCUCCAGAAUGGGGGGGAAAGAGAAAAAUAAGGGAGACUGAUGCCAUGACCCCAAAAACCCUCACAGCAGCCAUGCUGAAAGUUUGGAUGCCAAAUCUACCAGCAUCCAGGUGAUUGUUAAGGAAGGAGGUCUGAAACUCAUUCAGAUCCAAGAUAAUGGGUGUGGAAUCAGGAAAGAAGAUUUGAAUAUUGUGUGUGAGAGAUUCACUACAAGCAAAUUGCAAAAAUUUGAAGAUCUGGCUAGUAUUUCUACAUACGGGUUUAGGGGAGAGGCAUUGGCUAGCAUAAGUCAUGUUGCCCAUGUUACUGUCACAACUAAAACUGCUGAUGCAAAGUGUGCAUACAGAGCUAGCUAUUGUGAUGGAAAACUGAAAGCGCCUCCCAAACCUUGUGCUGGAAACCAGGGGACUCAGAUCACGGUUGAGGAUCUUUUUUACAAUGUAACUACAAGGAGGAAAGCCUUAAAAAAUCCAAGUGAAGAGUAUGCAAAAAUAUUAGAAGUCGUUGGCAGGUAUGCCAUCCACAACUCAGGUAUCAGUUUUUCAGUUAAAAAGCAAGGUGAUACGGUGGCAGAUGUUAGAACCCUAUCAAAUGCCACAACAGUGGACAAUAUUAGGUCCAUUUUUGGAAAUGCUGUUAGCCGAGAACUGAUAGAAGUGGGCUGUGAAGAUGGAAAGCUGGCCUUUAAAAUGAAAGGCUACAUAACAAAUGCAAAUUAUUCAGUGAAGAAAUGCAUGUUUUUACUCUUCAUAAAUCAUCGACUGGUGGAGUCAACUGCUUUGCGGAAAGCCAUAGAAACUGUAUAUGCUGCUUAUUUGCCGAAAAGUACACAUCCAUUCCUGUACUUAAGCCUGGAAAUAGCCCCUCAGAAUGUAGAUGUGAAUGUGCAUCCUACAAAGCACGAAGUCCAUUUUCUUCAUGAAGACAGUAUCCUAGAGUGUGUGCAGCAACAUAUAGAGAGCAAAUUACUGGGCUCUAACUCUUCAAGGAUGUACUUCACCCAGACUUUGAUCCCAGGAGCUGAAUGCUCUUCCACUGAGGUUGUUAAAUCAGUAGCAAGCUCCUCUUUCACAGCUAAAGGAACAGGUGAUAAAGUCUAUGCCCACCAGAUGGUCCGCACCGAUUCCCGAGACCAGAAGCUGGAUGCUUUCCUUCAGCCUACAAACAAACCCUUGAGUACAGGGCAUACAGCGGUGACCCUAGAUGAUGGUACAGGACUUUCUGAUGGCAGAUCCAGACAGCAGGAUACGGAAAUGGAAGAUCUCAAUGACUUUGAUACAAUGGUUGCUGCACAGGGGGAUUCAGUGAUGACACCAGAGGGGCAGAAGGAAAGUGGAAGGCUGACUCCUGAAACAGUCCCUACUAGAAAGAGACAGUGGACAGGCUCGGAUGUGGAAAUGGAGGAAGAUGAUACUAGAAAGGGAAUGACUGCUGCCUGCACUCCUAAGAGAAGGAUUAUUAACCUAACCAGUGUGUUGACUCUGCAAGAGGAAAUUAGUAGCCAAGCACAUGCAAGUCUUCAGGAGAUGCUACGUGAUCACUCGUUUGUUGGUUGUGUUAGCCCACAGUGGGCCCUGGCACAAUACCAGACAAAGCUGUAUCUUCUCAAUACCACCCAACUCAGCCAAGAACUCUUCUACCAGAUUCUUCUUUAUGACUUUGCAAACUUUGGAGUUCUGAGGUUGUCAGAGCCAGCUCCGCUGUAUGAUCUAGCUAUGCUAGCCUUGGAGAACACUGAAAGUGGCUGGACAGAAGAAGAUGGCCCAAAGGAAGGACUUGCUGAAUACAUUGUCGAGUUUCUAAAAAAGAAGACUGAAAUGCUGAAAGACUAUUUCUCUUUUGAAAUUGAUGAGGAUGGAAACCUUACUGGAUUACCCCUCCUGAUAGACAACUAUGUUCCACCAUUGGAGGGACUACCUAUGUUUAUCCUUCGCUUAGCCACAGAGGUAAACUGGGAUGAAGAAAAAGAAUGUUUUGAAAGCCUCAGUAAAGAAUGUGCCAUGUUUUACUCCAUUAGAAAGCAGUAUAUAGUGGAGGAAUCUGACUUGACUAACCAGCAGAGUGAAGAGCUUGGAUCUGGUUCAACAUCUUGGAAAUGGACUGUGGAACAUGUUAUUUACAAAGCUUUUAGGACCCACCUUUUGCCUCCUAAACACUUCACAGAAGAUGGCAACAUUUUGCAGCUAGCUAAUCUGCCAGACCUGUAUAAAGUUUUUGAGAGGUGUUGAAUACUUCAGUUGGAUGGACUCACUGGUCCAUGGUGUAUCCCAUUGUUUCAUACAAGGGGGAUAAAGCUGGAUGACUAAUGGAAGAAAGGAGUUUGUCAUACUGCCUUACGAAAGAGUAUUUCAGAAGUAAAACGGUCUAUAUUCAA